ACCAGGGCCCAGGCCUCCCCUUUGAGGAGUGGAUGCAGCGCUUCCGCGUGUCAGCCACCUCAGGAAGAAAAGCAGAAGCCUUAGAGCUUUGUGCAUGUGACCUGGGAACCCAUUGAGCUCAUGGACCCACAUCACAUCCUCGAAGACCAUCGAGUGGCCCACCCUCAAGACCCUCACCACCCGUCAGAGAAGCCUGUCAUUCACUGCCAUAAAUGUGGAGAGCCGUGCAAAGGAGAAGUGCUUCGGGUCCAGACCAAGCAUUUCCACAUCAAAUGUUUCACCUGCAAAGUGUGCGGCUGUGACCUGGCCCAAGGGGGCUUCUUCAUAAAGAACGGGGAGUAUCUCUGCACCUUGGACUACCAGAGGAUGUAUGGCACACGAUGCCAUGGCUGCGGGGAGUUCGUGGAAGGAGAGGUGGUGACCGCCCUGGGCAAGACCUACCAUCCCAACUGCUUUGCCUGCACGAUCUGCAAGCGCCCGUUUCCACCCGGAGACCGAGUCACAUUCAAUGGGAGAGACUGCCUUUGCCAGCUCUGCGCGCAGCCUAUGUCUUCCAGCCCUAAAGAAGCCUCCUGCUCUGGCAAUUGCGCUGGCUGCGGACGAGACAUCAAGAAUGGACAGGCCCUGCUGGCGCUGGAAAAGCAGUGGCACUUGGGUUGCUUUAAGUGCAAGUCCUGCGGGAAAGUCCUCACCGGCGAGUACAUCAGCAAGGAUGGUGCUCCAUAUUGUGAAAAGGACUACCAGGGGCUCUUCGGGGUAAAAUGUGAAGCCUGCCACCAGUUCAUCACAGGGAAAGUCCUGGAGGCGGGUGACAAGCAUUACCACCCGAGCUGUGCACGAUGCAGCAAGUGCACCCAGAUGUUCACAGAAGGAGAGGAAAUGUAUCUUCAAGGUUCUACCGUUUGGCAUCCCGACUGUAAGCAAUCGACCAAGACUGAGGAAAAGCUGCGGCCUACCAGGACUUCCUCCGAAAGCAUUUACUCUCGACCAGGCUCCAGCAUCCCUGGAUCCCCGGGCCAUACUAUCUAUGCAAAAGUGGACAAUGAAAUCCUGGAUUACAAGGAUUUAGCAGCCAUUCCCAAGGUCAAGGCAAUUUAUGACAUUGAACGUCCAGAUCUUAUUACCUAUGAGCCUUUCUACUCUUCGGGCUAUGAUGACAAACAGGAGAGGCAGAGCCUGGGAGAGUCUCCAAGGACUCUCUCUCCUACUCCGUCAGCGGAAGGGUACCCGGAUGGGCGGGACCGGAUGAUCCACCGGUCCACAAGCCAGGGCUCCAUCAACUCCCCGGUGUACAGCCGCCACAGCUACACUCCAACCACAUCCCGCUCUCCUCAGCAUUUUCACAGACCCGGCAAUGAGCCGUCCAGCGGCCGGAACUCCCCUCUCCCUUACCGGCCAGACAGCCGCCCUCUCACUCCAACUUACGCUCAGGCCCCUAAACAUUUCCAUGUUCCAGAUCAAGGGAUCAACAUUUACCGAAAACCACCCAUCUACAAACAGCAUGAUGCAGCUGCCUUGGCAGCCCAGAGCAAAUCUUCGGAAGACAUCAUCAAGUUUUCCAAGUUCCCAGCAGCCCAGGCUCCAGACCCCAGCGAGAUUCCAAAGAUUGAGACGGACCACUGGCCCGGUCCCCCCUCACUUGCCGCCGUAGGAGCUGAUGCGAGACGCAGAUCUAGUGGCCGAGAGGAAGAGGAUGAAGAGCUUCUGAGACGCCGGCAGCUUCAAGAGGAGCAACUAAUGAAGCUCAACUCAGGCCUUGGCCAGCUGAUCCUGAAAGAAGAGAUGGAGAAGGAGAGGGAGAGCCGGGAGAGGGCCUCCCUGGCCGCCAGUCGCUAUGAUUCCCCCAUCAACUCAGCUUCACAUGUUCUAUCGUCCAAAACCUCAUCUCUCCCAGGCUAUGGAAGAAAUGGGCUUCACCGGCCUGUUUCUACAGACUUUGCUCAGUACAACAGCUACGGGGACGUCAGCGGGGGAGCGCGAGACUACCAGACCCUCCCAGAUGGCCACAUGCCUGGAAUGAGGAUGGACCGGGGGGUCUCCAUGCCCAACAUGUUGGAACCAAAGAUAUUUCCGUAUGAAAUGCUGAUGGUGACCAACAGGGGGCGCAACAAAAUCCUAAGAGAUGUGGACAGAACCAGGCUGGAGCGCCACUUAGCCCCAGAAGUGUUUCGGGAGAUCUUUGGAAUGUCCAUCCAGGAGUUUGACAAGUUACCUCUUUGGAGACGCAACGACAUGAAGAAAAAAGCAAAACUCUUCUGAGUCCCACAUGUAGACAGCCAUUAGGAGGACUGAUCACGGCGGGGACACAUAGGAUGUUGAAUUAAGGCCCAAACUUGAUUGGAGCAUUUGUAAACUACAGUCCCUCAGCAACAGCCAAAAGGGAAAAAUCUGAUUAAAACACCCAUGAGCCAAAUAUGGGGCCAGCCCAUGGCCAAUCUCGCCCAGCAGCAGUGGGGUAGAAAUGUCUGUGUUUCCACGCUCGACAUUAGCGUUCACCUGUGACCUUUUCCCAUCACCUUGUGUCCACAACAGGAGCUACUUCUUUCAUUUUCUUUCAACUGUUAUCCAACAGUAGUGCGUCUGUAUGAAUAAGAGCCAGCAAGUGCCCUUAAGAUGCCGCAUGGGCAAGCAAUUGUAAUAAUUCCAAAGUAUGAAUAUAUUUAUCUUGUAGCGCCUUGGCUGAGAAGCAAGAGCCCGGGGGACAGGUCCAUGUGGCAGCAGCCUUUGCCUCUUUCCUCACUGGCCUCCUGCAGUUGCCCGGGCCUCAGCGGGAUGGACAGCAGGGUCGGGCUCCCCAGGAGCUCUGUUUCAAUAGCCACCAAAGGCAUUUUUAACGAGCUCCUUGUUCCCUACUGUUCGCUAGGACCCAACUUGGCAAGUUACUUAGCUGUUGCUAAAAAAAAAAAAAAAAAAAUUGAGAAAGAGAGGAAAAAGGAAUGGAUGAAAAUUCUCCUUUAACCCUUUUCUGCUUCAGGAAGUGUGUUCCUCCCCACCAAGGACAAGAGCUGUCUCAGCCCCCAGCCCUCCACUCUCACAAAGAAGGGAAAGGGAAAGAUUAUCUCCUGAUUGGCCCAGUUGGAUACUGUUAGAUGAGUUUGGUCCAAAGGCCAUAGCCCUCUUGACCAAAAAAAAAAAAAUCUGUGUCUUCCCAAUGCAAGUUUCCCAACCCAGCUUCCUCUUCUUUCUAUCCAGCAUCCUAUAUAUCACACCAAGCCCUCGAUGAUUUUGAGUUCUUUAAGGUCUUUUCAGUAGUAGGCUAAGGAAAGGCAUGUUUUUCUCUUUGAAAGCUCUGAAACUCAAGGGCGAUGGCCCCCAGCUGAUUUAAUUUGGUCUUUCCAGCUUUCUCGCCUAGCUCUGCUGACUUCCUGAUAUGUGCGUGUGUGUGUGUGUGUGUUUGUGUUUGUGUUUUCACUCACCCAUGACAGUUUGGGGAGUCUGCUUGUGCUUUUAAAUUUCAUUCCUGCUUGAAGGUUUGUCCCACUCAGCUGCAGUUUCUGGGGGACAUUUGCACAGGUGCAUGUGACUCAAUGGUCAAGAGUGAGGCUAACUGCAUCCUGGCCAGCAGGUCCCUCAUGGAAAGAUGCUGGUGGUUAGAAGCCGGCAUAUUCCCUGACACAUGUAGCUCAAGUCAGCAUCAGACUGAAGACCGAGGCUUUGGAUCAGGCUGGGAGGAGACAACAGCAGAGCAUCCCACCAGAGUCCUCAGACUCAGCAACACAAGAUUCACAUUGGAGCCAAGGAUUACACCCAAACUUGCAUUUAAGACAUCCACCAUGGUUCCUAAAAGCCUCUGGCUGAGACUUGAAGGUGAUGUCAGAUACAUGUAGGAGGUUGUCGCAUUUAUUUGUGUGCUUUGGAGGGCUGCUUAAGAAUUUAAACUCGUAUUUAAAGCCAAAGGAGAAAGCAUAGGAGGUUGUCACAUUAAUUCUCAUGCUUUGGGGGCUCUGUUUAAGAACUUGUAAACUCUUAUUUUAAAGCCAAAGGAGAGAACCUGUAUAUGCCACUAAUUGUAAAAGCUCAGAAGUUCUUCCUGCUGGCACCAAAUAUUAGAAUGAGUUAGUAGCUGAUACCAGUGGCAAAAAGCAAGAAUAUUCUUUCUGACCUUGUGCUGGAGACCUAACUUGUGACACACUCUAGAGACUGGGUGUCUGAAUGAACAUGACAGUUGCUUUAUUGUAUUCUGUGCUCUUCCCAGAGGAAUCUAAACCUGCCUGACCUUUGCUAGACACUGAAUGUUUGAGGACUCUGUAUGUGUGUGAAUGUGGGUUGGACCUACUGAUGUAUUUAGCAAAUGGUUCUGGUGAGGUUGAUGUGAGGAAACCAGCUCCACCUUGGGCUGAAGGCAGAUCACAGCCCCUUCAAUUCUGUCCCUUCAUCUGUUUGGUUUGUUGCCUUUUGCUUCAUUCAGUACAUCCACUGGCCCAUCUUCUCUCUAACCUCUCUGCAUGGCAGCCCUCAGCACCUGUGUGUCCUGAUCCUCGCUUCACUUUGGCAAAGUAUGAGCGUGGGGACCACAGUGUAGGCCCAGCGUUUGCCUGCCUUGACCAAUGACAAAGAUGGCCGAAUGGAUCCUAGGGCUCAGCUAGAGGAGAGAGAUUUUCAUGAUGGAGAUAAGAAGGACCCUCAGUGUUUUUCACUGGCGAAUGAGUUAAAAACCCACAUACUUGCCAAUCAAAUGUCAGUGGAAGAAAACCCCCAAUGAUAGUUAAAGAACUGAUCCCUAAAUUUGCCCCCACUAAUGAAACUUUACUUUUCUUCUUGCUUUUGAAUUCAGUUCAGCAUCCUCCUUGGGUUAGGGGAAUGCUUCUUUGCAUAUCAAAUGUAUUAGCUAAUUUAAACUAUACCAUGCAAAACUGCCUUUCCAGAAAUGCCGAUGGCUUCCUGUCUGUAAGCAGACCAGUGCUGCCCUCUGAAGUGGGGGCUCCCCAGCCCCGCUCCCCGGCAGAAAGCUCCAGGCGGAGUGAUGGGUCAUGGCACAACCUGGUUCUCCCAACUGCCAAAUCAAAUCAAUGGGCUACAACACCCUAUCUGUUUCGUUGAACUGAGCUCAGCAUGCUUGUCCCCAGAAUGUCCAGGUCACUGCACAGGAAAUCAGUGUUCUCUGCCUGAAUCCUGCUCUGCAUAAAAAAUUCCAGUUCUUAACACUGUCAAAUUAAUGAGAAUUGUUUACUCUAGGAAAAGGAAGUAUAUGCAUGGCAAGCUUCCCUAGUACAUACAGAAAGGGCUACAUUUUUGAGCAUUGGACUGACUAGUGAUUCUUAAAGCAUAGGCUGAUUGCAUGAAGAGGCCUCUAUAGUUACAUGAAGGUCAGCGCUUCCUUUAGAGUUUCUUCCAGAAAAGCCAGGAUACCAUUUAGUCUCUGGGUGUGAUUUAUGUCAAGACACAAAGAGCAUUUGGAAACUUGUCCAUCUUGCUGGGCGUUUAUCUCUUGGUUUGGGUUCGUUACUAAAUGUUCUUAAUGUGACUUCUUUAAUCACAAAAGAGAAACUGCCUGUUCUCAGAAACCUUGAACAGAAAAGCUAACGUCAAUGGGUAAUAAGGUGCAAAGAAGAAAAAUAGCUUCUCCCUGUCAUGUCCUCAGUCUCCCCUCUUCUCCCAGUUCUGUUGUGUCCAAGCUGAGUUUCCUCUUCCAGGGUGAGGGAACUACACCUUUUUCAACUUCCAUCCCCUCCAUCUGUGAUGUCAAUCAGCUCCACUGGUAAAAGUCUCACUGGAAAUGUUUCUUAAACUUUCACCCAAUUUCUUUACACUUUAAAGCAAACACCUUUUUCUAAAGAACUGCUUCUCAGAUGAUUAUAUAAAAUAUAUAUGCUUUUGCAAGCUUAAAAAUUCAAAUUCACUUUUGACUAGAUAGGUCUUUCUGAAAACUCUUUAAGGCAAACUUGGUGUUAGCGUUCUCCUGUGUAUUGAGGGGCAGGGGACCCUCCUGUCUAUAGGCUCCCAGAGCCCUCUCUCUGACUGCCGGGAAAGACGGUGGAAGGAAAAUGAACUUUGUGCCAUCAACCCUUCUGUGUCCUCUGCAGGAAGCUCAGUUUUUACAAAUCAUCUUGUCUGUUUUUCUGGUCACUGUUUAAUCUGUACUUCCUAGGCCAGACUUGAUUUUGUCUGACUUAUUAAGAUUAUUUCCCUUUGAUAAAACAAGUGUUUGUCAGGAUGCCCUAAAACUCACUCAUUAGUACUCACUCCCUUUUGAAGUACGUUCUAUUAAAAAAAAAAAAGAUUAUUUCAGGCUUGAGAUUUGUAAUGACACCUUAUAGUGCAUUAAGGGAACUACCCAAUUAUGCUUUUUUCUUUUUUGAAGGGUAAUUGCUUUACAGAAUUUUGUGGUUUUCUGUCAUACAUCAACAAGAACCAGCCAUACGUACAACCAUGUCUCCUCCCUCCCAGAUACCCCUCCCAAUUAUGUUUUAAUGAAAGAAAGAGAAACUUUGGUAUUAAAAAAAACACUUUCUGUUUGCUGCCAAGAAGCAGUGGGGAGAUGGUGACUGACACACUUUGCAUGUGAAUCUUUGUGUUUUUCAUUUGGGACAAGUUUCAUUUAUGACAGACUCAAAAGGGGGAAGUGGUCAGUUUAAGCUGGAAAGCUUUCUAAACAAUCUGCUUGUACACAGCAAAAUUAAAGCCAAUCUGUUCUGAUGCUUAGUGUAAUGGAGUGGCAGUUGCUCUCAUUAAAUAAAAUUCUUCCCCAAAGAGUCUCUCCCAACCCCUGAGUCGCUUUCUGAGCCCAUUUGGCAAAGGUAGAGGAGAAGCCUGCAUCCACUAACAUUCAGAAAGGCAGGGAGCUACUUAGUUGAUUGUAUACGUGUAUGUUUCUUUACUCUUACGGAAGAGAAGUGUCCAAGGGAUUGGUGUUCUUUUGGGGUGUUCUGUACAGACCUGUCCAGUAAUAAACAUGUGUGGUUUCUGUGAGUUGCCGACAAUCCUGCAUUGAAGCUUUUGCAGUUCUUUCAUUUUGAAGUUGAGUUUAAUGAAAUUUUUUUUUUGCAAGUGUUGGAAGGCAUACUGUUCUUCGUGCCUCCCCUCCCCUUCCAGAAAUAUGAAAGCAAAUAUUUGGAAGAAAUGCUGUUUAAAAGAUGUAUCGUGUCCCCCGUGAAAGUGUGUGGGUGUCUGUCGGUGUCCCGAGUGCCGCGCGCCAGUGCGCAGAGGCGGGGGUGGCCCUGGGCCCGAGCUGCCACGCUUGUGAUGCUGACCUGCUCCGCGCUCCUGUUGGAAUCAGCACCUGCCUCCCCCCGCCGCUGUCUGGCCUCACCGUUAUCCUCACGUAUUCCUCAGUGAAUAAAGUGUGUGCUUUAUUCGUAA